CGACAAUGUGAAGCAGAUAUGAGCCCCUCCUUACCCAAAGCACCCUUCCUACCCAGCUUUGAGCACCACACCAUGCCCGAAAAAGUUGACACUCGCGAAUUCCGGCCGCUCAAGGUCGCCAUCAUUGGCGGUGGCAUCGGCGGCAUGUCGGCCGCUGUUGCCUUGCGCCGAGCCGGUCACAUCUGCUCCGUCUACGAGAGGCGAGACUUCGACGUCGAAGUCGGUGCCAGCCUGUCAUGCGCCGCCAACGGCAACCGAUGGCUCCAUGAGUGGGGCGUCGACGUCCAGGCAGGUAGACCAGUCGAUCUGCAACACCUCCUCAUGCGUGACUGGCACACGGGCGAAGUCCGGAAUGACUACGACCUGUCAGGCUAUGCAAAGGAGUGGGGUACGCCGUACUACAUGUUCCAUCGUAGAGACCAGCUGCAAAUCACCCACGACGCGGCCGUGGCAAAGGAGGGCGAGGGCACGCCUGUCCAAGUUGUCACGGACCACAUCGCCACCCACGUCGAUCACGAAGCGGGCGUGGUGACUUUCGAAAACGGGGAAAAGGUCAAGGCAGAUCUCGUCCUCGGAGCCGACGGCAUCAGGAGCAAAGUGAGAGAAGCCAUUGGCAUCGUUGCAGAGAAGAAAUCGGCACCGCAAACGUGCUACCGCGUCAAUGUCUCAAAGGAAAAGGUAGAGGCACUCGGCCUCGACUGGGCCGCAGACCCGGCCAUUCAAUUCUGGGGUGGCUACCCAAAGAACAACCUGAGCCAGUACUACAAGGUCGUCAUGAGUCCCAUGGCCGGCUAUUCGCUUAUCUCUUUCUACCUCUUCAUGCCAACGGAGAUGACCAACCACCACGAGGAAGGAUUCGUCUUUGCCGAAGCCGAUCUGAGGGAUGUGCUGGCAGGCCAGUACUCGGAGCUUGACCCGCGCUGCGUGGCCCUGAUCAAAGAGUCUGUCGAGCGAAAGCCCUGGAGGCUCUACAUUCACCAGCCUUACAAGUAUAUUGUCAAGGGUCGCGCAGCCCUCGUGGGCGACUCGGCCCACCCAAUGAUGCCUCAUCAGUCUCAAGGUGCUUGUCAAGCUGUUGAAGACGCUGCCGCUCUCGGCCUUGUCUUCUCCAAAAAGUACGGUGGACGCUUUACCUCCGACGUGGAAGCGGGGUUGCGCAUGUACGAGAAGAUCCGCCACCCUCGGGCGACUCGGGUGCAGGAGGCCAGCAAGCGUGCGCUCGAGAACCUCAACGAGCGAAUCGGCUUUACGAGCCUGAGCGCACCAGAGGCAGCCCUGGCGGCGAAGUCGGACAAGCUGACGGUAGACGAGAUGAACAAUUACGACAUGCACAAGCAUGUCGACGACGAAGUUGCGAAGCUCGCUCAAGCGUCUUGAUAUCACAUCUUUCCUCCUGUCCUUUUUUAUUUAUGACCGGCCGUGUCACAAUCAAUC